AUGGGUCAGAACUGUCGUAUGGGUCAGAACUGUCGUAUGGGUCAGAACUGUCGUAUGAGUCAGAACUGUCGUAUGGGUCAGAACUGUCGUAUGAGUCAGAACUGUCGUAUGGGUCAGAACUGUCGUAUGGGUCAGAACUGUCGUAUGGGUCAGAACUGUCGUAUGGGUCAGAACUGUCUUAUGGGUCAGAACUGUCGUAUGGGUCAGAACUGUCGUAUGGGUCAGAACUGUCGUAUGGGUCAGAACUGUCGUAUGGGUCAGAACUGUCGUAUGGGUCAGAACUGUCGUAUGAGUCAGAACUGUCGUAUGGGUCAGAACUGUCGUAUGGGUCAGAACUGUCGUAUGGGUCAGAACUGUCGUAUGGGUCAGAACUGUCGUAUGGGUCAGAACUGUCGUAUGAGUCAGAACUGUCGUAUGGGUCAGAACUGUCGUAUGGGUCAGAACUGUCGUAUGGGUCAGAACUGUCGUAUGGGUCAGAACUGUCGUAUGGGUCAGAACUGUCGUAUGAGUCAGAACUGUCGUAUGGGUCAGAACUGUCGUAUGGGUCAGAACUGUCGUAUGGGUCAGAACUGUCGUAUGGGUCAGAACUGUCGUAUGGGUCAGAACUGUCGUAUGAGUCAGAACUGUCGUAUGGGUCAGAACUGUCGUAUGGGUCAGAACUGUCGUAUGGGUCAGAACUGUCGUAUGGGUCAGAACUGUCGUAUGGGUCAGAACGUAUGA